GCAAAUCUGUAAAGGACGUAUCGACCGCAAACAUUUAAGGCGAUAUUUAAAUAAUUACUUUGACAACUCUUUACAGAACAGAACACAGACGACAUGCACGACAGCGGAACUUUGGGCACAAGCGAGCAUUUAUCACAGUUUUGGCUCUUCAUCCAUCUAUACUUUCUGCGCCUCGCCUCGUUUUUCUUCUGCGGACUUGGUAUCAUUCGUUUCUUGGAUCUUUCUGCAUUGCUUCCUCCGAAUUUCUCAACUCCUUCGCCUUGUUGAUAUUAGCCCAGCAAAAUUCAGGAUUUCUUUCAGCAAAAUUCAGGAUUUCUUUCAAUCAUCUGCAAAGUUCGAUCAACGCAUUUGCCUGAAAUCGGGGUAUAGAGCUAAUUGCGUGGCGUGAAAUCGUGCUCACCGCUUUGUUGAACAGGGGCAAGGGUUGCAAGAUAAAGGAUCAAGCUCCAUUGAAAUUUAUCACAAUUUUUAUUCCAGAUCUCAGAUUUUCUUUCUUAGGUCUCGCAGCUCUUGUUAUUUUUUGGUGUAAAGGCAGGGGAAUCUGAAAUAAAUUCUCAAUGGCAGCAACAGCUCCGAUUCUUCCUUUGUCUCAGAUGCCUUUGCUUUCAAGUCCCGAAGCCCGGGUAUUUUUCUCCAAGAUCUCCGAGAGCGCAAAAAAUGCAGUGUAUAAUCGUCGGCCAUGGGCGGAGCUUGUAGAUCACAACACCUUCUCCAAACCAGAGUCCUUGGCGGAGGCAGCCGCCAGAAUUCGCAAGAACUGGAGCUAUUUCCGCAUAAAUUAUACGAUUCUGCUGAGCGUUACAGUGGCCUUCAGCCUGGUGUCGCAUCCAAUUUCCCUCUUUUUGCUAAUGGUGCUGCUUGGAGGUUGGCUUUUUCUCUACUUCUUCCGCAACGGGCCUCUGGUGCUGUAUAACAGGCACUUCAGUGAUACAGAGAUUUUGGGGGUAUUGACCAUCAUGAGUUUUGCCGUUGUCUUUUUCACUGAUGUGAUGUCUGUUGUGAUUUCUGCAAUUAUGGUUGGAUUGGCGAUUGUUUGCGCGCAUGGAGCAUUCAGGUCGCCUGAGGAUCUGUUUCUGCCUGAACACACUGUCGCCACAUUUGUUUGAGGAGGGGAUUUCUGAAAAAUUCGCAGUUACUUCUUCUAGAUCCAUAUAAUUUUAUUGGGCAUUCCUGAAUCGACCUGAGUAAACGUUUUGGGUUUCAUUUUUUAGAGGCGCCUUUCCUCGGCCACUUUUGCAUUGUCAGCAGUAAAUUUUUAUUUAAAAUUUUUUUUUUCUGAGACAUAUUUUGUAGAUUCUGUUCAAAUUCUGUAGCUUGGUAAGCAAGCAAAUAAAAUAAAUUCUGAUUGAUUUA